AUGGCACGCCGACAACCCUCAAAACUUACAUCGCACUACAAACUUCCUCCUUCCCCUCAACUAACUCGUUAUCUUCUACGAUUAUCUAAACCUUCUCUCGAAAAACUAGUAUUCGACUGGCUAAAAACACCACUUUGUGCGCCAGACUUAUCUCCUACAAAUGAUGAUCUGUUAGAUGCUGCCUAUGAUGAGGAACCCCGAGAUACGACAUUAGAGGAGGUGGGGGAAGCAUAUACCAAUCUAGCUUCGAGGAAAGAGAUCAUAGAAAGAGUCUUUGAAAGAGAAUGGAGAAGCGGGUUGACAAUGCAUCAGAUCGCCCAGGUGGACAUGCAGUAUCUGCUUGACCAUCCGUCGUCACUAAAAUGGACCGCUUCUGAGCUGGUUCUUGAAGAAGGAAAGAAGCCGGCUGGUGACAAGCUCCCUAAAUUCCAACCUGUCGUAUUCUGUAAAUCUAUACAAGAGAUCAUGGAUCCCAUGGUUCAAUGCCACCCAUACUAUAUUACUCACCCAACACUUCCACUUACAAUCCUUCGCCUGUCUCUUCACAACCCGUACCCAUUACCUACCCUCCCGCCACCAGCAAACCAAAUAUUCUACCUUGCAGUUCCGACAUCCUCACCACACCUCUUCUUCACACCUCAGCGGUCAAAACUAGCGGACAUAUGCCGAAAAUCUCUCCCAAUUGCACUAUCAUCACAGCAUAGGCGGUAUGAUAUUGUAUCUACCGCUUUGACCGCCAAAACAUUGGAAGCGUUGCUCGCGAGGAAGGGAUGCGAAAGAGGGGAUCUGGGCGCUGGUGGUGGAUGGAGCGUGUUUGCUGUGGAAGGGGAGGGAGCUCUCGAAGGUGAUCCAUUGGAAACCUCGCGACCGCGUAAGAGGCAGUCGCUAGAUGCUGAUAUGGAUGACUACAAUAAUGGUGAAGGGAAGAAGAGAAAGAGGAUAGCCGAAGAACGGUUUGGAAAUUCGGCAACUGCGGGAGAUGGAAGUGGACUAGAAAGGGUGGAAGUCAAGCUGAGAGAGGUUUGGCCAAGGGGGAAGGAAAUACCUGGGGUUCUUGGAGUUGUGGAUGGGAAUGCUGGGAAAUCGAAGAAGGGGAGACCGAAGAAAGAUGUUGCUCCAAAUACAAACGAUGAAGAUUCACCUUUGGUCGACGAGCAUGCACCUUGGAAGGGAAAGAGUUGGAUGCCGAACGUUGACGUGGUGUUAGAAGGCACCCAUGUGUUUGCUGGGGUUAGGACAUUGGUUGAGGAAGGUGUGUUUGAUGGAGAGAAGAUACCGACGUGGAUGACCGGGGAGGAGGGGAAGAGUGUGGGGAUGGUCAAGGGCGGGACUAUCCUGAAGAGUGCAGUGGCAGCGGGGAUACUCGAAGCCACUACCGACACAAGGAGGGGCAGAAGAAAGACUACUUAA